UUACCUAACCUGUGCCUUCCGUUCUCUCUCUGCUUUUGGUCUUCAGGUUUCAUUACAAUGACGCCACAGCUAUUCAUCAACUACAAAAUGAAGUCUGUGGCCCACCUCCCAUGGAGGAUGCUCACCUACAAGGCUCUCAAUACCUUCAUUGAUGACCUGUUUGCCUUUGUCAUCAAGAUGCCCAUGAUGUACAGGAUAGGAUGCCUCAGAGAUGACGUGGUGUUCUUCAUCUACCUUUACCAGCGCUGGAUCUAUCGGGUCGAUCCCAACAGGGUCAACGAGUUUGGCACCAGCGGAGUAGACCAGUCGCAGAACAACACAGCAGCGGCAGAUGCUGCUCCCGCCGCCAUCACGGACAAACCAGAGGAGGAUAAGAAGAAGGAUUAAGCAAAACCACGCCCAUAUCUGCCUCCCUGCUGGGGUGAAGAGGACAUGUGGAAAGUAGGCAGCGAAGGGAGUUUGUCGUUUAGCCGUCAUGGACGCCACUACAAAAAAAAAGAAAUGCAGUUCAACUGUUCCCUCUGAUUUCUGUGUGGAUCCACAGAGAAUCAUAUUCAGUGUAGACUUGGUAAAUUCUUAUUUCUGUUCCCCGCCCUCUCGUUUUGCAGUUCAAGUGAAGUAAAACAAAACGUGAUGUACUGUAUUCUGUAUGAUUUCUCAGAGGGUAACGAUGUCCUGGAGUAGAGGUUGGGAGGGGAACGGGUCGCAGUUAUACUACUUUUUUUUUUUAAAUAUAUAUAUAUACAGAGAAGAAAGAGAGGCCAAGUGCAGCUUUUGUUCUUUGUGUAGAUUCCUUGUGAAUUUUUCUUUUCAUUCCAUGUGAGCACCAUGUUUCGGAUUGCGUGGAAACUGGUGAGUAGUGCUGGAGGAAACUGGAAAGAUUUUGAGUCACGACGCAGGUUUGGGAAGAAGAGGAGGGGGAAAAAAGGCAGUGACUGGAGACGAGAUAGAUGACCCUUCAGGACACUACCCACAAGACCGUGACUACUACCCUCAAUUUUAAACAAAUGGUUAAUGUUCUAAACUUGAACAUAAAAAAAAUAACAGCCUUGUUGGUAUUAAUAUAAAUAUAUUAAUAUUGUCAAUGACUUUAAUUUUUGUUUUUCAGUCACUGAAGCUUUCUUUUGUAUGUCCUCCAACUGUACAGAAUCUCAGCUUGUCAUGUUAAUAAUACUGAUGUCAAACUGUCUAGCAGAAAAUUAAUUUGCAAGUCUAACUUUUAUUCCCCCCCACCCCUCAGCCAAACAGCUGGUUUUCAAAUUGUUUCAUGUUCACGCUCCAAACCAGAUCACCUUGACAGACACAGUGGAGACAGUCAAGUGUGUGCUGGAAGGUUUACAUUGUCUCUAGUUUUAAGUUUGAGUGCUGUAAACCCCGAAACAAAGAUGAUUCCAUGUUGGUACAUAUUAAAUUUUGAUUCAUUCAUGUUUAUAGUAAAACGUAAGUGUGAUUUAAAAUGUCUAUGCAAAGCUUUUUAUUUAUUUUUUAUUAGGUUUACUCUUUUAAGCCGCUCUGGGUUCAAGAACAAUAUUUUUGCAUGAAAUUUUAAUUGUUCACUAUUUCUAUUGAUGUUACAAGAAAUACAGCUUAGUUGUGUAGUACUACGGCAAUGCCUUUUUACUCACCUUGAAGGCUUGA